UGAGCAUCUCUAAGAACGCGCAAGUCGCAUUCACUCAGGUCUGAAUAAAAAACAGCGUGCUUAAAUCAAAGGAAAUCCCAGCUUCGCACGGAACAUGGCAUCAAAAUGUCCCAAAUGUGACAAAACGGUUUAUUUUGCGGAAAAAGUAACCUCCCUGGGAAAAGACUGGCACAAAUUCUGUCUGAAGUGUGAACGCUGUAACAAGACUCUGAAUCCAGGAGGACAUGCAGAGCAUGAUGGGAAGCCAUACUGCCACAAGCCAUGCUAUGCUGCCCUCUAUGGACCAAAAGGUGUCAAUAUCGGCGGAGCUGGAUCAUAUGUCUAUGAAACACCGGUGAGUGAAGACACUGUCCACGAUGCAAUGGAAACCAAGCCCAAGGCUGAAGAGAAAAAGGCUACUAGGGGCCCAGUGAAGGCUGCAAGCUUCAGUUCGUUUUCUGGUCAGCCGAACAUCUGCCCAAGGUGCAACAAGACAGUGUACUUCGCUGAAAAGGUCAGCUCCCUGGGUAAAGACUGGCACAGGCCCUGUCUGCGCUGUGAGAGGUGCAGCAAGACUCUGGCUCCAGGCAGCCAUGCAGAGCACGAUGGCCAGCCGUACUGCCAUAAACCCUGUUACGCUGUUCUCUUUGGGCCAAAAGGAGUGAACACUGGAGGUGUUGGCAGUUACAUAUACGAGGACCCAAAUACUGAGAGCCAGUCCUAAGAACCACAGCCACACCAGCAGUAUAUCAUUAGCAACCGUAGAUUCAAGCUUCUCGUCUGCUUCCUUUAACUCCACUUCCUCUCUUUCUUGAGCCUGCACUGAUCUUGUUCAUCUACAGAGUGCCACUUAAUUGUACUAAAAUGAGCUAGUAUUACUACUUACUAACAGGAAUAUGUGUUUAGCCUUUUUGCUGUAUUUAUAUAUGGUUUAUAUAUUUUUAAGAAUGUAGUUUGGAUUUUGAUUUUUUUGACUGUGACAUCGAAUUAAAGGUAACACAACAAAAUUCUGUUCAGAAUUAAAUGUUUUUACCAGUAGUUCUAACAUAUGUGUAGUUGUGUAGCACUUUAGCACACUUAUUUAUUAAAGUUUAC